UGCGGUGCACGUUGGUUGUCGAGUCGCUCCCGGACGCGCAACGUUAACCCGCACAUGUUAGCGACCGAGUGACGCCGUCGUGUCUCUUGAGGUUUCGAGCGGUUCAGAUGUUUUACUUGUCUAAAAGAGCUCUUGAGAGAAGUUUGUAAGUUUUACUACUCAAAAUUUCAUUUCACGGGGCUUUGAACUUGUUGAAUUCCUAAGCGUGGUCCGGGAGUUGUAGGCUUCGAAUGUGUUUUGUAUGUGCACCUACGCAGCGUAGGACGUAUCGAGGGCAGCUGAACCCGUUCUUAUAGACUGAAAGGCGGCCUGACGGGAGUUUUUGACGCACUCUGAUGUAACAAGGUGUCGGCCUUAUGAUGACAAUGAGUGCUGGUUGUUUGAAGUCCUGGAGGUUGUAAGGCUGGCAACAGUAUCGUUCGGUGUACCAGGGAGACGUGGAUCAUCGUUGUUCGGCAGCCUGCGAAGGCCGCACUCUGAUGGUUGCAACCGGCUCUGAGAAUCAAUUGCAGUUCCUGACAGGAAACAGCCAAAAUCUCGGCAUCGCCUGAAUCGCGGAACGAAAGCACCAGACGCUCUCCGCCCAUCUCCUGACUACGAGAUGAGCCCCUUUCAGGGAUCAUCGCUGUCAACCACCGCUGUUUCGAGGCAGAAGAGAAAUGCGGCAUUCGUAAUCGUGGCCGCAGCUGUUCUGUUCACCGUGGCGAGCAUCUCGGGACAAGCUUCGCCUGACGUGAUUCGCAUCGGUGUGGUGUACGACCAGGACAACUCUCCCGAGGAGUACAAAUGGCUUUCGCAGGCUCUGGAAAGAGGAAAGCUGAACGUCAGUGACGCACGACAUGUUGCGUCGGAGAAUGUCGCAAAUGGCGAUCCACGAGGUACCGGCGAUUCGGACGGCGCCAGUCGCCUAAGUCUGGCCACCGUGACGCUAAACCCCGACGACAUUCUACGGUCAGCCAAGAAGUUGUGCAGAUUUCUCGAGCAAGGCUUGCUGGCUGUGCUGGGACCACAGCAGCCAGAAACAGCUUGGCUGGUACGCACCGCUUGCUUCAGGCACAGGAUGGCACACUUCUACUCUCACCGUGACGACGAUGCUCAAUGGCGGGUCGCUCCUGACUCGGUGUCCGUUACGCUCUCGCCUUCACCCGUAGAGCUUAGCCAGGCACUGAAGGAUCUUGUGGAAGCACAGCAAUGGGCGCACUUCACGAUCAUCUACGAGAGACCGGAAGCGCUGGUGCGACUUCGUGGGCUCCUCAACCUCCAAUCUCCCGUUGGCGGCCAGCCCGUUCCGGUGUCGCUUCGGAUGCUGACAGACAAGGAAGAUCCAAGACCCUUGCUACGGGAAAUUGCAAAGUCUGCCGACAGCAACGUUGUCCUGGACCUUGCUGCAGAGAGGCUUGCCGAGGUGCUCAAAGCGGCGCAAAAAAUAGGAAUCAUAACGGAAUAUCACAGCUACGUUGUCACAACGCUGCAGGAUAUGCACACUCUGGACCUCACGCCCUUCCAAAACUCGGGGACCAACCUCACUGGCUUCGAACUGCUGAACAGGGAGCUCUGGGAGCAAGACAUUGGUGCCGUCCGCCAGGCAUACGCUAAAAAAGGCGUUUAUCCAAUAUUCCUCGGCCAGAGGCCUUCCAGAAACUCCGUGCGGACAGAAGUUGCACUCGUUCAAGACGCACUGAAUAUCCUGGUAAGAGGAGUGGGGAGCUUGGCGAAAACAGGAAAGCUAGGCCGACCACCUGCCGUACGCUGUCGAGGCAACCAUUCCUACGAGGUGUGGGAGCAGUCUCGGCGGCUUGUGGACGCUGUGAAGAAGACGCCAUUCUCUGGUCUGACUGGCCCUGUCUGGCUGGACCACAUGGGUCGCCGGCACAAUGUGUCUCUUCAUGUGGUGAAGCUGAAGAGAGGAGGCCUGGCUUCAGUCGGAAAAUGGAGUGCUUCGUCAGGGUUGCACAUGACGCGUAUGGAGAAGACGUUCCAGGAAGAAGUGUUGAGCACGCUGAGAAACAAGACUUUAAGGAUUACCUCAAUUGUGAACGCACCAUACGUGAUGCUGAAAGCGUCUGCUCACAAGCUCAGUGCCAACGACCGCUUCGAGGGAUUUUGCGUGGAUCUCCUUCGUGAAAUCUCUCAGCAUUUAGGGUUUCGUUAUCGCAUCAGGCUAGUCAGGGACGGUGCACAUGGCACCAGAGACGCCCAAGGCCGUUGGAACGGCAUGGUUCGUGAACUAAUUGACAAGGAGGCGGACUUGGCCAUAGGGGACCUGACUAUUACGUCCGCUCGCGAAGAAGCCGUGGAUUUCACGCUCCCUUUUAUGACGCUGGGAGUGAGCAUCUUGUUCAGCAAGCGCCAAGAGGAACACUCUCUCUUCUUCUUUCUCUCGCCCCUCUCCGUUGAUGUGUGGUUGUGUGUGGCCGCUGCGCACGUGGUAAUUAGCCUAUUGCUCGUUUGCGUGACCCGCGUCGAAAGCGCCCGCAGUAGGAGCAGCCGGACUGCCGAAACGCGCUAUUACUGCAACUGCCAAGAAAGCACAACUCAUUGUGGUCAAGACUGUGUCGGAGAAAAGCUAUGUGGCCGUUCGCAGCUCGACAUCAUCAAAGUGAAAAGUAAUGGUGCCGGCUUGGUCAUAGAUCACGGUGAAAAGAUUUGCGGUGGCGCUGAAAGUGUUGACACGGUGGACAUUGUGAAAAAUCAGUUGACUUUGCUGAACAGCCUCUGGUUCACAAUCAGCUCAAUCAUGCAACAAGGAUGUGAACCUUUACCAAGGUCUGCCUCGACGUGCAUUAUUGCGGCAACCUGGUGGCUCUUCUCUUUCGUGCUGGUGUCCUCCUACACGGCGAACCUGGCUUCGUUUUUGACGCGUGAGCGGCUUCGGUCGCCCAUUGAGAGCGUCGAGGACCUCGCCAAGCAGUCGGAAAUACGCUACGGGUGCGUGCGCUCUGGAUCAACACAGACAUUUUUCCAGGAGUCGAGGCACGAGACGUACGAGCGCAUGUGGCAUGCCAUGAGAGAUGACGUGGUAUCUUCGAACGCACAAGGAGUGGCACGGGUGGAAAGUGGUGGCUACGCUUUCCUUAUGGAGUCCGCAAGCAUCGAGUAUGUAGUGCAGCGCCGGUGUCGGCUAACGCAGAUUGGUGGGCUACUGGACUCCAAGGGAUACGGCAUCGCGCUGCCUCAAGGGUCGCCGUACCGGAGCUUCUUCUCGUCGGCCAUUCUGCGGCUACAAGAGAACGGAACCUUGCACAUGUUGAAAGAGCGCUGGUGGAAAGUGCGGGAUCCAAACAGGCACUGCCCCGAGGAAGACGGUCCAUCUAGGCCAGGUUCGGCCAGCGAGUUGGGACUACCCAAAGUGGGUGGCGUCUUCGUGGUUCUGCUCGCUGGUCUGGGCCUCGCCUGCCUCAUUGCCUUCGUCGAAUUCUUUAUGAAAGUGCGCUCAGCUCGCAGGUGACGGCGACCUCAUGGCGGUAUCGCUGUAGCGGAGCUUGAAAGAAUGAAGGAACAGCUUGCGGAGAACAAUAAGCCUGGGAAAGGCUCACUGCUUACUUCAAGAAGAAAGGCGCUGGAAACUCUACAAGCAUCGGGUGCGACAACGAAUGACAUUGCUGCCUUAAAACACAUUCUGCAAUAUGAUUAAAACUAGGGACAUGUAAAACAAUAAAUUCUCAUUUGCGUUGGUUUGCAUCGGAAUGAAAAAAUAAAAUAAACGCUCUAUGGAGCAAGAAAAGUGCAUCAAACAUUUUCGGUAGAGACCAGAAGUUAGGAUUUCAAAGUACAGGGUAAUAAUGUUGUAGAAAACACAUUAGUUUGGCUAGUAAAGUGUUUUCUUUUAGCAGAA